UGCUGCAGUUGCUAACUGUAUGUAGUGGCAAGAAAGGUCUGAAUGUUUGUCACAUUUUACUGCAACGUUCAACAGUUGCACUCAGUAGUAUGAAAUGUAGUACUCCCAUUGUGAGAGAAGGUUUACUGUAGUUUUAAGUCAAAAGAAUGUGUUGCAAACCAAACCACUCACCUUUGCACAAAAGUAGGUGGAAUAAUGCCUCAAGUUUCCCCACAACCCACUAUUCUCAUUACCUCCUCCUCCACCCAGGGUCUUGGAGUUCCAUUCAACAUCGCCAACUACUCUCUACUGACAUACAUGAUAGCUCACGUCUGCAACCUCAAGCCGGGAGACUUUGUACAUACUCUAGGAGAUGCACAUGUCUACCUCAACCACAUCCAACCUCUCAAUAUACAGCUGCAGCGGAGCCCGAGACCAUUCCCGAGACUGGAACUGAGAAGACAGGUCUCCGACAUCGACAAGUUUGUUUACGCUGACAUCAUUCUCCAUGACUACCUUCCUCACCCCUAGAUACACAUGGACAUGGCUGUCUAGCAUCUUUUAUUCCCUUUCCAUGUUAAUAAGUACUGUAUUACCUUCAGCGAAUAAUUACACAGGAAAUGUCAUUUACAACCGCUAAGUGGUCAUGCAUAAUCUCA